UUGUGACUGGAAUUUCUUUGAUGAGUAAUUACAUUGCAAAAACACACCCUAUUACGGGGUUAGUGUCAUUUUUUGCCAGGAAGGUUGAGGCAAAGUUUCCCAACUAUUGCGUUCUUUUGUUGAGAAUUUAUUUUUGUUAGCUUCUAUCAAAUUUAUUGUAGUCAGAAAGUACGACACGGUAGGAAUGUACAGCAGAGAGAGAGUUAUAACAGGCAACAUUGGUCCCAAAGUAUGCAUGCACUCUGCUAUUUAUCUGGAUUUGAAGAAGAGCAACAAGGAGAAAUCUGAUAAGCUUGAGAGCUUGACAUAAUGAUGCUGAAGAAAGAUUAACACAUAAUGCCUACUCUUUUUUAAAACAGAGCCUUGAAUUAAAACUUAUAGAAGAAGCAAAUCUGUUACCGAGUGUCUGAAGGGUUGCUGAAAAGUCAUGGAAGUAUGUAUUAAGAAUUUUGGAAGAGUUCAUCAUAUCUGUUUUAUGCUCUUUCUUUUCAUCUUAAUGCAUUUGAAUCUGAGAUGCAUGUACUGAUUAAUCUAUGACUAUAACCUAGUAACGAUGGUCAAGAAAUAUUGUAUAUAGAACUUAAUGCCCCACAUUAAUUGUAAUCAUAGCUUGUGAAAUCUUCAGCUGGUGUCAUUUGCAUUCUCUUUUCCUUUUAGAUGAGAUUUUAUGUUAUUUUUAUAAUUGUGUUGUUCUUUCAUUAAAUAUAGGAAAUUAUUUUUAUGUAGUUGUUAUCCAGAUUACCUAGAGUACUGUGUGACUAUCUAAUAUAUAUGAAGGAAAUAGAUGCUUCAAAAUUGUUUAUCUUGCUGACCCUCCACACAUUACCAUUUGUAGAUAUAGAUGACAAGUAAAGGGUUGUAAUUGAAGUAGCCACUAACUACAUGAUUUCCAUCUAACGGACCUCUGAAAGAGUUCAUUACUGUAUUUCAUAUAGAUUCUUUUAUCUGAAUUGAUACAUGAAAUGUCAUAUUUGUUAAACAUUAUAUCUGAAUGCUAACUUUCAUGUCAAGUAGCAUUGGAAUUAUUAACUAUAAUACUCAUUUCCAUGUCUUAUCUAUGUUGUUAUAAAUCUAUUUUUCCUUGCACCAUAUUUUUUAUUUGUUUUUUUAUUUUUUUGUUUUUGCACCUUUGUACUAAUGGUAAAAACAAUCCAUAUUAUCUUACUAUAUGUGGAAAGAUAUGAUACACUUUAAUGUUCCUAUUGCUUUAUUGGUUUCUUCUAACACUAAUUUGAUCUCUUAGAAUUUCCAGUUUUUUGCAAUUUUAAAUGAUUGCAAAUCAUUGAAUUUGCUUCCUUGUCAUCUAUUCUUGACCAUGUUUCUUUGGCUAAUAACUCUCUUGAUAAAAUCCAGAAUGUUUUCUCGUGAGUCUUUUUUUGAUAAAUUCAUUGAUGUUUACUUAAUUUGUCACUGGAAAGAGAGUUGAGCUCCGCUGCUCAUAAUCUACAAGCUGUUCAAAUAAAAUGAAAUAAAUAAAUGUUCAUGAUCUGCUGGAAAAAUGACGAACAUGUCCAUAAGAAACACUUUAAUCUCCAAAGUUGGUGCAAGCAGCGUCAACCUUUGGUUUUGUUGGAUGUUAUCAGCUCUAUUGGUGUAAAGUUCUGAAUCAGAUUAAAUGUUUAUAUCGUACUUAUUAAAGUUUGUUUCCUUUUGGAGGGAUUUUUAAAGCUUUGUUUAGUUUCUUCAUAAAUCGUUAUGUGCUAGUUGGAUAAGCUGUGAUCUUAUAUUUGAUUGAAUCAAUCUUAGUUCAUCCAUUGCGUAAGCCUCCCUUACCUGCUCUCAUUGCUGAUAUUUGGUUUAGGUUUGGAUAUGAUUAGACCUGGCUUAAACUGAGUCCUGUCCUUAAGUUUUUAGCAACUUUUUUGUAAGCCUGGAACAACUUUGGAAGCUUUAAAGUUUGAUUAAUUAUGAUAUAACUUGGAAUAAGAGUUAGUGGUUUGCCAUGUAAGAUUGUGCGAACUGAAACAAUUGAAGAAGGAGACCACCAAAUUAGAAAGGUAUUACAAGAAACCCAGAACUUAAAUUUUUGUUCUUUCUCUUAGAGAAAGAAAAAAGUUGCUAUUUGGCUCUCUUUACAUUGUUGCUCAAUGGUUGAAUAAACAGAGAUAUGGAGGAGAUGGUAUCUAAGAAACAGAUGGCCAAAUUAUUGGCAAAACUAAGAAGAGAGAUGUUGGAGUUGCUAUCAAAGAAACAGAAUGGGGAAUGCCAAGCAAUUGUAGUCUCAAAUCUGUCUGCGACCAAUCAGAAGUUGGAUCUUGAUACUUCUUUGUUGGUUCCUUUCAAAUCUGACCUUGAUAGUUCAUUUAUCACAUUGGAAAAGUAUAAGGAACAACUGAUGGUUAUCUCAGAAUACAUGAGCAGAAUUGAGGGUGCAUUGCGAAGAAAGUGGUGAAGAAAGCUCAGAGGUGGAAUCGGGUGUAUGCACUGAAGUGCCACAUAUCACAUGAAGUGAACCAUUUACAUGAGGGGCUUAAGCAUGUAAGUGUUAUUGCUGAAUUGAUGUAAGGCUUCUCCUUCUUUGGGCCAUAGUGCGAUUUACAUUAAAGAUUCACGUAUCACUAGCUUGCCAAGGCAAAAAUUGGCUAAACUUUUCUUGAUUGUUGGCUUGAAACACGAAGCAUUAGGUCUCAAAUAGUACUUGAUUUGUUUAUUAUUUUAUUAUUUUAUAUUUUUUAUUUUUGUUCCCCCCUCCCCAAAUAAACAGGUACUUGACCAUUCAGUUUGUGCGGUUUCUGGAAAAGGGAAUCAAAUCAGAAGGCCAAGAUUUUGUGGGUAACUUCAGUUUUCAACAUGCUCAUAUUUUUUAAGGAGAAUGCAUCCCUGCACUGUACCCCUGUUUACUGUGGCAUGGUUAGGUCUUAUCGGGUGAAGUUGGUGGUCAAGCUCCCAAGAGGACAAAAACCUUGACACUAAGAGAUGUCCUUGGUAAAAGAUUAAAUGCUUGGAUAAUGGGUGGUCUAUCAAUCUAAGUUCAUGCAACUUGGGCCUGUGACCACCUCUCGGGUGCUUCAUUGUAAAAUAAAUGUACUGUAUUCUUUGAAUUUGGCAAGUAAAAAUUUACAGAUAUUUUGAUCAUACUUUUGUAUGCCCUUUUAAUGAUAUUCUUUUUGGACGGUUUUGAAGUUGAGGAUAAUUUUUGAUGUUGAGAAAUAUAGUUUUUGGAUGGUUUGGAAUGCACAGACAGUUUUUGGAUGUUUGAAA